AUGGGUUUAGUUGUUGUGCCCGCUCAAAUCCAACUGAAUGGAAUCUCUGAGAAAAGGACAUCUGUCAAAGGCAUCGUGCAGUUAAGAAUAUUGUCCAAACCUCAAUUUGAUAUUGCUCUUUCUACCGAAGCUCUUGUAUUAGAUCAAAUUGCUGGCAAUCUUCCUGUCUUUCCGCUCCACCCCACACUAAAGAAUUCGUUUGCACAUCUAGACCUCGCUGAUCCUAAUUUUGAUGAGCCUGCUGAAAUCGAUCUACUGAUUGGUGCUGAUUUAUACUCCAACAUCUUUAUAUCCGCAGAAAAUUCCAUUAUUCCUGGUAACCCUGCCGCCUUUGCCACAAUCUUUGGUUGUGUUUUAAGUGGAAGAUUGAAUAUUGAGGACUCGCCCGCACCGCUCAACAAAAUGCAGCUCAUUUGCACUAUGUUUGCACAGGAAGCACAGCUCAACACCAUCAUGAACAAAUUUUGGGAAACCGAAGAGGCCAUCCCCGUUCGAAAAGAGUCAUCACCCGAAGACGAGUUGUGUGAGAAACUGUACCAAUCCACUACUUAUCGCACCUCUGAAGGAAGGUAUGUUGUGGCACUGCCUUUCAAACCUGGUGCUCCCGCUCUGUGCAAUAACCGCAGCAAGGCAUACCGCAAUCAGUUAGGAUUACUGAAAAAACUGAGUCAAUCUAAUGAGCUUGAAACCAAAUACUCUGACUUCAUGCAUGAGUAUCGUGACUUAGGUCACUUGAAAAUCACUGAUUCCGCUGUAGAUUACAUCAUCCCACAUCACGCAAUAUUCAAGAAAAACGACAACACUCAAAAAAUUCGAGUUGUUUUCAACACAUCUAGCAAAGACGCCAAUGGGCUCUCACUUAAUGAUGUGUUGUUGCCUGGAGCUAAACUUCGAACAAACAUAGUCCAAGUGUUAACCCACUCUCGUUCAUACCACUUUGUCAUCCUUGCAGACUGCAAACAAAUGUACAGACAAAUCUUGCUGAGACCUGAAGACCGCCAGCAUCAACAUAUAUUUUGGAAACCCACCCACCAAGAAAAAAUUCAAGAAUUUGAACUGUUAACAGUGACUUAUGGAGUAUCUUCUAGCGCAUAUCUUGCUCAGCGUACUCUGCAACAAUUAGUGGAGGACGAAGGUGAAGCUUUCCCACUCGCCAGUCAAGUACUGAAGUCGCAAACGUAUGUUGACGACAUACUUGGCGGAAGCAAUGACCUGAAUACUGCACAUUCACUUAUCAAAGAACUCAAUGAGUUAUUGUCACUCGCCUCCUUUGAAUUGAGGAAAUGGAAUUCCAACACACCUGAGUUGAUUGAGCAUAUGUCGCCCGAAUAUUUGAGCAAUCAGGAAUGCCUGUUUGAUGAUACUGCAACCGCCAAAGUCCUUGGUAUUGUGUAUAGUCCGCUUGCCAAUGAUUUCCGAUAUUUCAUCUCUGCCUUUUCUGAAAAAAGCACGAAAAGAACAAUACUCGCCUUCAAUGCACGAAUUUAUGACCCACUGGGAUGGCUAUCACCGCUUAUUCACCUGUUUAAGUUAUUCAUGCGCACUCUGUGGUCUGAACGCCUUGGAUGGGAUGAUGAAACUCCUGCACCACUAUUAACUCAUUGGAAAUCCUUGGUUACCGCUAUCAACCAAUUACACCAGAUUCGCAUACCAAGACUGUUAGCUUGCUUCCAUUCCUCAAUUAGACUGUUGGGAUUUGCCGAUGCUUCAGAGAAAGGAUAUGCCGCCUGCUUGUAA